UUUUUUGUAAAUGGAGCUUUAGCCCGUCCAGUUGUGAUUUCUUCCCUCUUAACAAUAUGGUGUGUUUUUUGGGAGACUGUUGGCCCUUCAGUUUUCUUUUCCUCUGUAAAUUGUUUUUCUUCAAAGGCCUCUUUUAAAAGUUGUAAAGGUACAAUGUAUAAAAUGCAUAACUUUUGCUUACCUCAUUUUUCAUUCAUUCUGGAAUAUGCUUUUUUUCUCUUUAAAAUAAUUUCAGGAGCAGACAUGAUAAGCAUACAUAAUGAGGAAGAAAAUGCUUUUAUACUGGAUACUUUAAAAAAGCAAUGGAAAGGCCCAGAUGAUAUCCUACUGGGCAUGUUUUAUGACACAGAUGAUGAAAGUUUCAAGUGGUUUGAUAAUUCAAAUAUGACAUUUGAUAAGUGGACAGACCAAGAAGAUGGUGAGGACCUAGUUGAUACCUGUGCUUUUCUGCACACCAAGACAGGUGAAUGGAAAAAAGGAGAUUGUGAAGUUUCUUCUGUGGAAGGAGCACUAUGUAAAGCAGCUAUACCAUAUGAUAGGAAAUAUUUAUCAGAUAACCACAUUUUAAUAUCAGCUUUGGUGAUUGCUAGCACAGUAAUUUUGACGGUUUUGGGAGCAAUCAUUUGGUUCCUGUACAAGAGAAAUUCUGAUUCUGGUUUAACCACCAUUUUUACAACUGCACCCCAAUCACCUUACAAUGAAGACUGUGUUUUGGUAGUUGCAGAAGAAAAUGAACACGCUGUCCAGUUCGAUUAAGUUUUAGGUAAUCUCAGACUAACACAUCAAAUACCUUAACAGUGAUUCCUGGAAAGACUUUAAUAUAAAAUUUCACAUUGAAAAUUA